AUGGCGUCCGCAGCAGACAUCAAGCCCUGGCUCCGCGCGGCCUCACAGGCGUAUCUCCUCUCCAAAGCCAACAUCGUCGACGUCGAAACCGGCACUAUAAAACACGACCACUAUGUAGCAAUAAACGACGGCAAAAUCACCUCUGUCUCCUCCAGUCCACCAUCCCCAUCAGUCCUGCCAGCCUCAUACAUCACCGUCGAUUGCUCAGACCAAUAUAUAAGCCCAGGCCUCUUCGACGCACACGUCCACUUCGUCGCAGUCCCAGGCUUCAACGGCCUCUCCAUGGCCUUUGGCAACUUCAACGACGUCUCCCUCCUCCGCCAGCCCUACGUCGCCACCCAAAUGCUCCACCGCGGCUUCACCACCGUGCGCGACUGCGGCGGCGCCCAGCUCGCCUUCAAGCAAGCAAUCGAAGACGGCGUCUUCCCAGGCCCCCGCCUCUUCAUAGCAGGCCACGCCCUCUCCCAGUCCGGAGGCCACGGCGACAUCCGCAGCUCGCACGACCACGUGCAGUGCUGCGCAGGACACACGAAUGGCCUCGGCCGCAUCUGCGACGGGGUACCAGCCUGCAUGACCGCCGUCCGCGAGGAAAUCCGCUCCGGGGCCGACUUUAUCAAGAUCAUGGGCUCUGGCGGCGUUUCCACGCCUACAGAUCGCCUCGAGCAGCUGCAGUUCACGAACGCCGAGAUCCAGGCUAUCGUUGAGUGUGCGGAGAACGCGGGCACGUAUGUCACGGCGCACGCGUACACGCCCAAGGCCAUCCGGCACGCAAUCGAGAACGGGGUCAAGGGUAUUGAGCAUGGGAAUUUCGUUACUGAGGAGAUUGCGCGGCUUAUGGUGGAGAGAGGGGUGUAUCUUACGCCGACGCUGGUUUCGUAUGCGGAGAUGGAUUCGGAGCGGUGGAGGGGGUAUUUGCCUGCUGAUGGGCAGGCGAAGAAUACGGAGGUUUUGAGUGCGGGUUUGAAGAGUUUGAAGGUUGCUGCGGAUGCGGGGGUGACGAUUUGUUAUGGGAGUGAUUUGUUGGGCCCGUUGGGGUUGGCUCAGACGAGGGAGUUUGCACUGAGAGCGCAGGCUUUGAGUCCGUUGGCUGUGUUGCAGAGUGCGACUAUUAAUCCGGCAAAGAUGGUGGGACAGCCGGAAUUGCUUGGCCAGAUUAAGGAAGGGUUCUGGGCGGACGUGUUGUUCCUUAAUAAAAAUCCGCUGGAGGACGUGACGGUCUUUGACCGGCCGGAUGAGUGCGUGUUGGGCGUGAUGAAGGAGGGCCGGGUGUAUAAAAGCCGGUGGGAGGGCUUGAAGGAGGAUGCGGACAUUCCAGUGCGGAUUAAGUCUACAUGA